GUGACGCACAGUGCUUCCUGAAGCUCAGCUGAGCCAAGACAUCUCAAACUUGUGUCCUUCAGUACAAAAAACUGAACAGAAAGAUCAUCUUUUUAAAGGAUUUCAUAGGAUAAUCCAGUGAUCAAAAUUAAAGCACACAUCGGCAUUUAAAGUGUGCGACUACUUUGGGAGGAAAGGAAAUAAUAAUUCUGCAGGAAGAUUUCACUAUUUUAUACUGAAGAUGACUUGUGCAAAUGUGAUGUCGAGGUUCGGCCCGCCGGUGUCCGUGAGGUCUGUGGACAUGGCCGUGGGUUUCAGGUGCAGAGGAUCACCAAACAUCAACCACCUGCUCGGCGUGUCUUCCCCCAAACCCCUGCGGCCCUGCAUCGCCCUUCAGCCGGUGUUCGAGUACCGACACCCGCCAUCGACAGGCCUCAUCACAGCCAAAAAAAACAGACCCAGGGAAAAACGCGUCGCGUUCGCGGACGCCAAAGGACUCUCGCUCAUCACGGUGCGCCUGUUCUCCGAGAAAGAGGACAAGAUCCCGCGUGAGCCGCUGAAAACCCCACGGCUGAAGAAGAAGCUGGGCUCCGCUACAGAGACCGUCCACAAUGCUCCGAGGUUGAAGCUUGGGUUCGAGCAGCCUUGUAGAGAUUUCCAGGCGUUCAGAAGUCGGCUUCAGGAUCAGAUGGUUGUGUUGGAGAGCUGUCACGUCACCGGGUGCUCCAUCUUCGGCACCGUGCGCGUCAAGAACGUCUGCUUUGAGAAAGCGGUACAAAUCCGUAUAACUUUCGACACCUGGCGCAGUCACCAGGACGUGCCGUGUACUUACCUGGAUCAGAGCUACGGCGAACCUGGAACCGACGUGUUUGAGUUCAACAUCCGGGUCCCUGAGCGGUUAGACCCGCGCGAGCGCGUCGAGUUCUGCGUCUCUUACUUCCCGGCUGCGUUCAGUGCUGCUCGGUGGGACAAUAAUAACGGCGACAACUACUGCAUUCACGUGUGUGACUGAAUGUACUGUUCUCUAAUGCCAGUUUUACACUGCGUCUGUACAAACUUGAAACUACAAACGUUGCUUGCUGACCCGUUUAGCACAUACUGACUGAAAUCCUGUCCCACGAUCACCGAGUGCACUCGAACGCAGCCUAUCUUAUUUAUUUAAAUGUAUUUUUAAUAUUGGCAACUCGACAAAUGUGCGUAAAUAUCUCGCAUAUACUGUGUAGCCUACUCUAAUUGUGGAAAAUAUUUUUGACAUCGUAUCAAAUAAGUUAUUUUUAUAUUUUUAAAAUUGAGUUGUUUUAGGAAUGUGCCAUUUAUUUUGUGAACUUGAGCACUUUAACCCGUUUAUAAAACACAUUCAUACUGUGGGUAAUUUACUAAGGGUUUUAUAGAAAAUAUUUUAUUACAUAAAAUAAAGAUCACUGAAAUUGC